GGUUAUUUCAUAGUUCUCUCACGUUUUCCUUAAGAAGUGCUUUCAGAAAUCCCUUUCAAAAAUCACCAUGGGUACCAAUUCACUCAAACUAUUAGUGGCGCUUUUUAUCACAACAGUAUUCAUUGCAUCAGCUCAUACGAUACCAGCCAUAUAUCCCAACGCUGAUAUGCCCACCAAAACUCACGAGCUUGCCGCCCGUUCUGCUGCUCUUACACGCACAUAUCGGGUAAACUCUUUUGUUGCUAACACCAGUAUAGCUUAUACAAAUUGUUGUCACUUCUCCCCGAUUGGUGAUGGCUAUCUGUUUUACGUUUUAAAUCUCGCUGGGUGGGGAAACACAAACCAGAAAAAGAAUCACAGAAUAUCUGACGACAAAUACUGUGCUAUGGACCUGUGGAAUAAAUUGUUUGAUGAGGGACCGAAUGCAAAACCGAUGGAUUCCUUGUGUGUUCCCUCUUACGGUGCUCUCAGAGACACCUUUGCGAUUUUCAAUAUUCCCGACACAGAUCCUCAAAGGGUAAUUUCGGCUUUGAAUAGUGUGGAUCCAGGGACUGAAGAGUGGGAAUGUAAGAAUGCGACGCUUAUUACUGAUGAAUCGUUGCUGUGCAAACCGCAACAGUUAAACAUAUCUAGUUGAAGCUUUUGAUCAAGAGUUCAGAAUGUCACUACGGCAUUGGCUGUGAAACUAGGUCUGAAAAGAUAAGGCGUUUCGGAGAAGAUAUAAAUAUGCAACAUCAACAAGAUUGCGUCAUAUAAGAUUUACUGGAAGUGAAAAUAGAAGGAAGUCA